AUGACGUGGCACACGUGGAUAGAGCUGGAGUCGUGGAAGCGCGCGCUGGGCGGCAUAUUCAUAGAGAGUACCCUCACUAUGGUGAUCUACGACGUCAAUCCUGGAUUUCACGCGACUCAAGAUCUGGAUAUCGAAGCGUAUCAAGAUGAAAAGAUGUGGAACGCGAGGUCACCUGCAGAGUGGCGAGAGCUUCGGACAGCUGCCUCGAAAAGCUCGCCAAACAGUCGACGACACACAAUCAAAGAUGUCCUUGUUGACAUUCUACUUGAAGGAAGGUAUCAUGCCGACACGGUACCGUACCGCGUGUCGACCUUUACUGCCCUCGUCUUGACUCACGCGGUCGUCGUUCACAUGUGGCAGAGAUUACAAGUCUGCCAGGCCCUCGCUUCAACAUGUCCGAUUGCAAGGAAUGACAAUGGCGAUGACCAAGACCCUCUGAGAGCUUCGCUUCUCAAUGGUGCUAUGCAGUCGUUGGCUCGGUGCGAUGCUUUUCUCCAAGGCGUCAGGAGCGAGUUACGACAACCACAUCCAGAAGAAGACGAGAAGGAUAAAGAAAUCUCGCUUGUCUUCAACUGUCAGGCAGUCUUGCGCAUAGCUUACACAAGACUGUCAAAAAUAUCCACCACUCACUGUCGGAUCAGCUUGUUGAACCUUGAGGAUAGGGACAUUGGGUCAUGCGUGUCAUCAUUCGUUAUGGGCAGGAUGGAACGAAGCUCUCACAUUCUCAAGAUGGUCUCGAAGGCCUUUGAAGGCAUGAUUGUCCCAGUCAAGAUGGGGCAUCUUCUGGUCCGGAAGACUGCCGCUUUUCGAUGGAGUGUUGAGCAUGCUGUGGCAGGGUGGACGGGUGCUCUUCUAGUAUCAAAAUGGGCUCAGUCCAUAGAACAAGACGAGAUAGCCGGGGUGCAGCCAAUUCAGAGCGAGCUGGAGCUAUUAGCCUUGAUCAGAGAGACACUAGAUGAGGCCGAGUGCGAUAUCGGGGAGGGCACGACUCUUGCUGCCGGAAUCGCCAGGACGUGGGGCUGGUUUCUAUCAGAUGUCUGGGUGUGGGGCAUCACGCCACGGAUGGGAGGAAUACUGAACCAAUUGGCCGAUGCGUAUCAAGACGGAUAUGAUGCCAGCCGCCGUAAAUCUACCGGCGUGACGUACAACGCGGAAAAGACGGGUGGAAGUUUACAUCAAAUCUCUUUGUUGCAAAACGUGUAUUGUUAG